AUGCAGGUUGAAGCUACCGGAGACAGCGAUGCCCGGGAUCAGCAAGAGGUUGCCGGAGACAGCGAAGUCCCGGAUCAGCAAGAGGAUGCCGGAGACAAAGAGGAAUCGAUCCUGGGCAAUCUAAGCCCAACCUCAGACGAUGUUUCAACCAUGAACACGGAAGAAUACAACAAAGCUCUGAAGGAGUUGGAAGAUGAGGAGGAAGCCGAAGCGGAAUCCGCUCCGCCAAAACAGGUCCUGGCGACCAUAGUUGGGCUGGGGCAGGAUGUUGACGAGAAAGAAACUCCAACCGACUUCGGGCUCCUGGGACCGUCCACCUCAGAGACUCCGCCCGCGCGUCCUCGCCACCGCGCUGUGCCGGAUUCCACAGAAGGACACGCUUCCGAGAACCAGGAGUACCUGUCCGCGGAAGAGCUCGUCGAACAGGCAGGCCGGGGUGCUAUCGCACACUCAGAAAUCCUCAACAAGCCAAUAACUCCGGACGACGCUGCAGAUCCCGAAGCUCUAGAAGCGACGAGAAAGGAGAUGCUGAGCACCGUAAAAGUAAUUGCCAACACCGCGGCAUCAUUGCUGGAGGAAAGGCAAGAAGCAGGCGAAAUAAUGGAAAAUUUCCUCAAGAGAGAACGCGAAGCCGCUAAAUGUUUGGCAGAGGCUAAGAAACUCCGAGCACAAUGGGAAACCAUGAUGGAGGGCGCUGAUAAAGAGGCAGAUAGAAUCCGAUGGGAGGCCAUUGGCCCCCGAAAGAUCAACUUCGCAACCCCCUCAAACCAACAGCCACUUGCCACUCCCAAGGACAACAUGAAGAAGGCCGCGGAAAUCUUGGCGAAAAAAGACGAAGAAGUUGACAUCGCACACGUCCGCACACUGGUAGCUUCAGCAAUGAAGCAACAGAACAAGGCAGACACUUCACGCCGCCCCGUCUCGUCCUCAUUCCUCCAGCUGAUAGGUCGCCACCACCCGACCCGUCACGGACUCCGGCGGCCCUCACCGCCGGCUCGCCCGAUGCCUCCUCCACCACGCCGGCACAUCGCCGGCGAUGCCAACCCCACGCCCACCACCUCCCAUUCCGGCAUGGUCAAGCUCCUCGCCGACAUCCUGCACCACACCGCGCCCUCCACCUGGCCGCCGGCGCUCGCGUCGCCGGCGCUCCGCAGCCGCCUCGCCCCCGCCCACGUCUCCUCGCUCCUCCUCCUCCCGGCGUCGCUCUCCCGCCCGGACCUCUCCCGCCGCUUCCUCCUCCUCCUGCCUCCCCACCUCGUCUCCCCGCUCUCCGCCGUCCUUCACCUGUCCCUAUCCGCCGGAAUCACUCCGAACCAAUACACGGUUUCCCAGAUAUUGUUCUCUCUUGUCAAGAUCCGUCAGUUCACCCUUGCCCGUGCCGUGUUCGAUGAAAUGCUUCAGUCUGGUGUUCGUCUGGACGAGUAUGUUUACACUGCUGGGAUUCGGGCUUACUGCGAGGCCCGGAAUAUCGAUGGCGCGAAGGGGCUUGUGGCUAGGAUGCAGGAUGAGGGGGCCAACGUCAGCGUGGUGCCGUACAAUGUGUUGAUCUAUGGUUUGUGCAAGAAUCAGCGUGUUCAGGAGGCGGUGGAGGUAAAAAAUAGCAUGGUGGCCAGAGGAGUUGCAGCUGAUGAAGUGACUUACCGGACGCUAGUGUAUGGGUUUUGUCGGACGGAGGAGCUGGAAAUGGCAUUGAGAACGACAUAUGACAUGGCCAGGCUAGGCUUUGUGCCAUCAGAGGCCAAUUGCUCAUUUAUGCUUGAUGGGCUACGAAAGAGGGGGAAGGUUGAAGAGGCUUUCAGGUUAGCUUGUCGGUUGGGCGAGUUGGGCAUGGUGCCCAACAUAUUUGCAUAUAAUGCGUUGCUUGAUAGUCUGUGCAAGAAUGGUAUGUUUGGUGAGGCAGAUAAGCUUUUCAAUCAGAUGUUAGACAGGGGUCUUAAGCCAAAUGAGGCGACCUAUUCAAUAUUGAUACAUUCAUUUUGCAAAAGGGGGAUGAUGGAGGAUGCACUUGAUAUGUUUGAUAGGAUGAGGGAGAAGGGUGUCAGAGUGACGGUUUAUCCAUACAAUUCCUUAAUUAACGGUUGCUGCAAACAGGAUGAUUUAGACAGGGCAAUGAGCUUUCUGAGCGAGAUGGCUGAUAUGGGAGUGACACCGAAUGCAGCUUCAUAUUCUCCACUCAUAGCUGGUUUCUGUAGAAAAGGGGAUCUGUCCAGUGCUGUGGAACUCCACAGGGAGAUGGCUGAGAAGGGUGUUGCAUGGAAUACUUAUACGUUCACAGCACUUAUCAAUGGCUUCUGCAAGGCUAAAAAGAUGGAUGAAGCUUCUCGGUUGUUUGAUAAGAUGAUUGACAGAAACCUAGUACCAAAUGAAGCAACUUUUAAUGUCAUGAUAGAAGGGUAUUGCCUGGUAGGUAAUAUAAGAGAGGCAUUCCAGUUAUAUGAUCAGAUGGUGGAUAGGGGCCUUAAACCUGACAAUUACACCUAUAGGUCAUUGAUAAGUGGAAUAUGCCUGACCAGUGGAGUGUCGAAAGCGAACGAGUUUGCUGCUGAUAUAGAAAAGAACUGUUCUUUGCUAAACAAAUUUAGCCUAGCCGCACUUAUGCAUGGAUUCUGUAGAGAAGGAAGAUGGACCGAAGCAUAUGGUGUUCGGAAUGAGAUGGCAAUGCGGGGAGUCAAACUUGAUCUUGUCAGCUUUACCAUUAUUGUAUAUGCAGCUUUGGAACAGCAUGAUGCGGAAAAAUCCUGUAUGUUACUGAGGGAAAUGAAACAAAAUAGUGUCAGGCCAGACAAUGUGUUCCAUACAUGCAUGAUUAACAUGCAUUCAAAAGCUGGAAACAUGGUUGAAGCAUUAAAUUGUUGGGACAAGAUGAUUGCUGAUGGCUGCUUUCCAAAUACCGUCACGUAUACGGUUUUAGUAAAUAAUCUCUGCAAGUCAGGGCAUUUGAGCAGCGCAGAGCUCCUUUGUAAAGAAAUGUUAGCCAGCCACUUCCUUCCUAACAAUUACACUUAUAAUUGUUUUCUUGAUUAUUUUACAACUGAAGGGGACCUGGAGACAGCUAAAGAUCUCUAUUUUGCCAUGCUUCGAGGCUCUCUUGCUAACAUAGUGACAGUUAACACAUUGAUCAAGGGGUUCUGUAAGGUUGGGCAGAUUCAAGAAGCAAUUGACCUUAUUCGUAAGAGUACUGAAAAUGGCUUUUCUCCUGAUUGCAUCAGCUAUUCUACAGUAAUACAUGAACUCUGCAAGAAGGGUGAUACAAAUAAAGCGUUUGAGCUUUGGAAUGAAAUGCUGUACAAGGGAUUAAAGCCUGAUAUUGUAGCAUACAAUAUUUUGAUACGGUGGUGCAAUGUCCAUGGUGAAAUUGAUAAGGGUUUAGAAAUAUACAAUGAUAUGAUUAAGAAAGGGGUGCAACCGAACUGGCACACAUAUAGAGCUCUUCUCUUGGGAACUUCUGUGAUGACCAGCAAGCAAGAUGAUAUACUGCUGAUAACCUGAUGUUUAGGGUCACCCUUUUAAUGGUCUUAAUCAAGUAGUCUGACUCUCAUCGCACCGAGGAGCUCCCUGAGCAGUUGCUGCAUGACAGAUCUGGGGCUGCCAGAAUAUGCAACUGCUUCUUUCAGUGAUACGGCGAUGCCUGAGGUUUUGGGCAUAUCAGCGAAAUGGACAAAAAUCUUGAUGGUUGGAGUGGUUGAUGAAUCUGAAUCCCUCGAAAGCUAAGCUCGGUGACCAUAACAUGGUCCUGCAGUCCCCUGUGUGGAACAUGAUGUCCGUGAAUCGUGGUCUGUAUGGCAUGACCUCCAUUCCUGAUGGAGUGAUGGUGUGCUCGUCUGUCUAGAUGCCAGUUGUGCUGGUUUCCACUGUAUUGUUCAUUCGUUGCAGAGCAACUGGGCAAGGUCUCUUGUUUCUGGCAAAACUAUACAGGAACUCUGCUGGAAGCCUGGAUAAUGCAAUCCUGCUGUUGUGGAAGUUUCCCUCGUUUGCUCGGACUGCACAGUUUGUUGGAUGUACAGUAGAUCCGUGAGUUGCACAACUUUCAAAUGUGGCUGUACCCGUGUACAUAUAGAAGCAAAUCGAAGAAAUGAUCAUCCAUACGCUUCAACUGUUUAACCCUGACGAGCAUGGAUGGUUCCAUUUGUAUUUCUCGGUGACAGGCUACCAACAGCGCUGAGCACUCUUUUUUUUUUCAUGUUUGGGAAGCAGACAAUGUCUCCUUUAAUAUGUUGUAAAAAAUAUUGUAUUCUUGAUGGUUCCUAACUGUGCACGCUCCCAGCGGUUUGGGAUGCGACCGUGUUGAUGGUUGCCUGAAUAUACAGCCACAGUAGAAGUAAUACUGGAGCAACGCACCAAACUGAUCAUGGGCUGCUGCUUGUGUGGUACUGUGGUGUGGCAUGGACGAUGAAGAAGUUGGGACUCGGGAGAUAAAAAAAAGUGGAGGCAAGGUUCUGGUUUUCUUCUAUACUAGCAGUACUCUCUCCGUUCAGAUUAAAACCGACACUAAGAGUGCAGAGGGAGUAGCCUAUGUAGGUACUUCAGAUUAAAUCGACGCUAAGAGUGCAGAGGGAGUAGCUUAUGUAGGUACAGUUGUCGCGUCGAUUAAAAACGACCAGAGGGAG